AUGUCUGUCCUAUCGCUCGAGUCCCUCUGCCUAGCAGAUAAUGACAGUCCAUCCUCCGCAGAAGACCUAGACCUGGAGGAUAAGUGGGAUACAGACCUGGAGGUUGAUGAGGUGAAAAAGACCAGUAAAGACACAUCGACUGCUGAGGUAUACCUGCAGGCCUGCAAGCUGGUCGGGGUGGUUCCUGUCUCCUACUUCCUCCGGAACCUAGGCACCUCCACCAUGAACCUCAACCACCAUGGCCUGGGACCUCCAGGGGGCAAGGCACUAGCCAUCGCCCUGGUGACUGACAUGCACAUCACCAACCUGGAGUUGGCAGACAACUACCUGCUGGCUGAGGGAGCCAGAUACCUUCUAGAGAUGUUAAAGGCAAAUUUCACCAUUCAGCAUCUGGAUUUGUCCAACAAUCACCUACAGUCUGAAGGGGCUGAGUGCAUUACAAAAAUGUUGCUCGAUAACAUUUCCAUCAAAUCCAUCAAACUUUCAGGGAAUGGAUUCAUAGAGGACGAUGCUAAAAGUUUUGCAGAUGCCCUGGCAAGCAACUAUAGAGUGAAGGAGCUGGACUUGAGCCACAAUCAGUUCUGUGGGAGAGGUGGGGAGCAUCUGGGCCAGAUGUUAGCAAACAAUGAAGCUCUGGAGGUACUAGACUUGAGCUGGAACCAUCUGAGAAUGAAAGGAGCUGUGGCUUUCUGUGCCGGCCUCAAGGUGAAUGUGACCCUGAAACACCUGGACCUGUCCUGGAAUGGCUUUGGGAAUGAGGGGGCCUUGGCUUUAGGAGAGGCACUGAAAUUCAACAACACUCUGGUGUACCUGGACCUCAACAACAACCGCAUCACCAACGAGGGGGUGGGCAUGCUGUGCAAGGGGCUGGAGGCCAACGACACUCUCAGAGCACUGAUGCUGGCUUAUAACUCUCUGACAGUGGAGGGGGCGCUGGCUCUUGUUACUGUGGUCAAGAACACCCCCAAAACUGCUCUGGAGGAGAUCAACAUAUCCAAUGUGUUGGUGAAUGAGAACUUUGUGCAGCUGCUGGAUCUGACAUGCCAGGAACAUCCCUCUCUAGAGGUGCAGUAUGCAGGGGUCGGGGGCUUUAUUGCUAAGAAACCACCCAAACGCCUUGACCCAAUGAAAGUAAUCCAGGAUUAUCUGGAUGAACGGAAGCUGCGUCUUUGGGACUUCUUUCGGAAAAUCGAUAAAGAUGGGACAAUGCGAGUGCCUGUGGCAGACUUCAGGAAGGCUGUGCAGCAAUCCAACAUCCCCUUGGAUCGAUACCAGAUUGAGGAGUUGAUUCAGAGACUGGAUCGUGAAAGGACAGGGAUGGUAGACUACAGGGGCCUGGCUGACACCAGGAAGCAGAUGAUGAGGGACCACCGGCGGCAGCUGCGUAAGGUGGAGUCCCGUCAGAAGAAAGAGAAGCAGAAGAGCGAACGCAUCCUGAAGACCUUCCAGAGCGCCGUGGAGGCCAACACCCCCCGCAGCUCCAUGGUUAUGUCCCCAGGGGGCACCAAGGAGGACUCCAGUGGCCCCCAGCACUUCUCUGCCACCCCACUCAGCUCCUGGCAUCACAUUGUCAUGUCCAACAGCAGCCGCUACUCUGUCACAAACCUGAGCAGUGAGCACAUCCACCUCCCCAUGCUAGGGGGCAGCACCCACCAACGGCCCACCAGUUCCCCCACCAUGCGCUCCUACUCCCAGCCCAACCUGAUGGAUGACUCCCAACGAUACCCCCAAUCCAAACCCUCCUCGGCCCAGGGGAUGCUCUCUGACUCCAACCCUGAUGUUGACCACAAGCUGAGCACCACUGCCAACCACCUGACCAGGUCCAGUCCAGCACUGAACUCCAAGCAGCCAGACACUAAAACCAAAACCACCAAAGUGAAGAAAAAAAAGAAACGCGUGGAUAAAAGUCCACAUGAACAGAAUCAAACACAAUCAUCAAAGUGACUGCUGCUGCUGUGUCUUACUAUGCA